UGAAGCUAUACGCACCCUUAGCAAUGAUUUGCGUAGUGAUCAAGACAAACUGCCAACUGGAUGAAAAGCAUACUUUAUCUAGACCAACAUACUCAGCUAUUUUAAACAUCACACCUAGCAAGAUCUGCGAAGAUGGCCGCGCCGUACGACACCCUGGCGUACCUGCUUGACAGGGCCAAUGUCCACGACACUGUAACCCGCCUUGGCUUAUACCUCGACCUAGAGUCGCGGGAAGGUCUCAUCAAAGACGUUUACGCUCCGCAAGUCGUCAUCGACUACACAUCUAUGUUCGGCGGGAGCCCGAUUGAGACGACGAACGAGAAAUGGGCGGAGGAACUCGGUCCCAUGAUGAGCUCGUUUGACGGAAAACAGCAUGUAGUUGGGAACGUACUCAUCGAGCUCCCGCAACCCGUUCAAGGGGUCGCUAGGCCGGACAAGUGCAGAGCCAUUGCUAACGUCAACGGUCAUCUAUUCCGCCGAGCUGCCCGGGGAGGGCCUAUGAUGCAUAAUGGGGGCCGAUAUAUCCUAGACCUUGUGCGUUUGCCUGAGCUAGAGCAAAAAGGGGAGAAUCCUUGGAGGGUCGCUAAGCAUGCUAUGGUCUUGAGUUGGGAAAAUGGGAGCCCUGAUGUUAUGACUACAGUUGCUAAGGUUGGACAUUAGAUGGCACCGCAUGGUCAGGUAG